AUGGCUUCUUGCAUUUAUUUUUGUGAUUUAAAAGGAAAACCAAUUUUAUCAAGACGUUAUCGAAACGAUAAUUUACCGGAAGAUGCAAUUGAUAAGUUCCCAUUAUUAUUAGUAGAAAGAGAAGAUGAAACCAAUGUAUUACCACCAGUAUUGGAAUUCAAUGGCGUUCAUUAUCUAUUUAUUCAGCACAACGAUAUCUAUGUCUUAACGUUGACCCCAAAAUUGGAUAUAAACAUUACAAGUAAUUUUACAUUUUUGUAUCAAGUUAUUGAUGUUUUGCAACAAUAUUGUAAGAGAGUGGAAGAAGAAAGCAUUAGAGAUAACUUUGUUAUUAUCUAUGAAUUAUUGGAUGAGAUGAUGGAUUAUGGCAUUCCACAAAUUACUGAUACCAAAAUGCUAAAACAAUAUAUUACACAGAAAUCAUUUAAAUUGAUUAAAUCUAAAAAGAAGAGUAAGAACUUAGUUAGACCACCAGAGCAACUAACCGACAGUGUUAGUUGGAGGCCUAAAGGGAUUGUGUAUAAAAAGAAUGAAGCAUUUUUGGAUGUUGUAGAAAGUAUUAAUAUGACAAUUUCUGGUGCAUCUGGUAAAGUUUUGCGAUCUGAAAUUAUAGGGGAAGUUAAAGUCAGAUCUAGGUUAAGUGGUAUGCCUGACUUAAAACUGGGAUUAAAUGAUAAGGGUAUAUUUUCAAACAAAUCAGCAGAAGAUGAUAUAGAAGGAGAAGAUGCUGAUGCUGGAGUACAGAAUAACAACAAGAAAAAAGGCGAUCGUAACAUUGAACUAGAUGAUUUAAAGUUUCAUCAAUGUGUGAGAUUAAGCAAGUUUGAAAACGAGAAAACAAUUACUUUUAUCCCACCUGAUGGAGAUUUCACCUUAAUGAGCUACAGGCUAACUACACCUUUGAAACCAUUAAUUAUGUGUGAUUGUAAAUAUCAAAUACAUGCCAAAUCUAGGGUGGAAAUAAAUUGUAGAGUCAAGGCUAAUUUUAAAAAGAAAUCAACGGCUAAUAAUGUAGAAAUAUUAAUACCGGUUCCAGGUGAUGCUGAUACCCCUAAUUUUAGAUACUCUCAUGGAUCAAUCAAAUGGGCACCUGAAAAACAAGCAAUUAUUUGGAAAAUAAAAAAUUUACUAGGCGGUAAAGAGUAUUCGAUGGCUUCCCAGCUAAAAUUGCCAAGUGUGGAGGACAAUGAAAGCAAUUUUAGUACCCAUUCAAAGCCACCGAUUCAAAUCAAAUUUCAAAUACCCUAUUACACGACUAGUGGCAUCCAGGUGAAAUACUUGAAAAUUAAUGAACCUAAUUUACAAUACAAGAGUUAUCCGUGGGUCAGAUAUAUUACUCAGAGUGGAGAUGAUUAUUCCAUAAGACAAUAA